AGCCAAUCAGAACCGCCUUUCCUCCAUUUCCUGUUGUAGACUCGGAGUUGGACGGGCAGUCCUGUGCUCCAGAAUAUAAUUUAAAUACCGAUGUGUGGGUGAAUGACUGCUUUAUUUUUCCUCCCUGCAGGUGUGGAUCAUGACUUCGCCGCAUGUAACGGGCCGGGGAGGUGGCAGGUAUCGGCUGUUGCACCUGAUGCCAUGACGCGUCCAUCCCCUUGACAACCGCGGAUAGGAUACAAAUAUUCAGGGAGCAUCAUGCCCAUCACGCUGCUGUGGUCCGUGGAUGUGUACGGCAGAGUGUACAGCCUCUCCACGGCGGGUCAGCGCUGGGUUCGCGCUGACGACAUGCUCCUGGAGCUGAAGCGCGUCACUUCGGGUAAAGGGCGCUGCUGGGGCAUCGGCUGUGAUCACCACGUUUACCUGUACAUGAUGCCCAGCGAGACCCCCAUCCGCUACCGGGAGGAGACCUACGAGAACCAGCGGUGGAACCCAGUCGACGGAUUCACGGACGUCCUGUUGCCCACCGACCGCUGGCCCUGGAGCGACGUGACGGGAUUGAAUCCACAGCCGCUCCACAGCUUCCAGUUGCCCUCCAGGAGCUGGGAGUGGGAGGGAGACUGGUACGUGGAUCAGAGCUGUGGAGGAGAGCCCAGCCAGACCGGGGGUUGGGAAUAUGCCGUGGAUUUCCCUGCUAACUUCUCUCCCGACAAGAAGUGGAACUCCUGUGUCCGUCGUAGACGAUGGAUCCGCUACAGGAGAUACACAGCGCAAGGCACUUGGGCGAAGAUCCCUUUGGACAAUCCCAGGAAGCCGCCCCUGCCGCUCUGUGACAUCAGCUGUGGUGGCUGGGAGCUGAGCGACCAGUCUGGGAGGUACCCGUACCUCUGGGGUGUGACCCAACAAGGACAGGUGUGGUUCAGAGAGGGAAUCCACCCACGUGUUCCAGAGGGCAGCAGCUGGGAGGAGGUGGAGGUGCCCAAAGAGGUGGCUCAGUUAUCAGCUGGCCCUGGGGACCUCCUGUGGGUUUUACUGUGGGAUGGGAAUCUGUUGGUUCGUACUGGUCUCAGCCUGGACAGCCCAACUGGCACCACCUGGGUGGAGGUGGACUCCCCCUCAAAGGAAGUGGAAGCUCUCCAUGUGUCUGUUGGAGUCAGCGUGGUCUGGGUGGUGACGAAGGACUACAAGGUGUGGUUCAGACGUGGUGUAAACUCCCACAAUCCCUGUGGCUCUGGCUGGAUCAGCAUUGGAGGGGAGAUGAUGAUGGUGGACGUUGGACUUAAUGACCAGGUGUGGGCGGUUGGUGAAGACCGGGGCUUGUAUUUCAGGAUGGGGGUGACCCCGUCCGAGCAAGCGGAAGCGGCUGGAUACCUGUUUCUGCUCAGUGGGGGCAGCAACACUCAGGUUAUCCCACCCAGAGACGACCAUGAGUUCAGCAGCCAGCUGACUGAGGCCUCGCUAGGAUCUGUACCAUGCUGCACCGACUCGGAUUCAGAGUUGGGUCAGAUUGAGCCGCAGCGCAGUGUUACAGACACUCUGGUGCUGGAGGCAGAAGCUCCCUCUAUAGUCCCCUUAGGAGGAGCCGACACACACGCACCUCCACAAGAGGCUCCCCCUGUCCCCAAGAAAGACGCCCCCAAAGCCUUCAUCCCCGCUAGCGACAGCUUCAUCAACAGCCUGGUCUCUGACCGGGACAGAGCUCCCAUGCAGCAAGCGUCCAUCACUGAGAUACCACAAGAAGAUGUGGAGGAGCUACCAGGAGCUGCUGUCCUUCCAACCCCCCCAGCCGCAGGACACAAUGUCCCCUGGAUGAACGUGGACCUGGAGGGGACAGAAGCAGCACGGACCUCACAGGCAGCAGGGAGCUCCCUGGGAGAUGAUUUGGGGACUCUGGAGAGCUCCCAGCGAAUUGGAGAAGAGGACGGACCGGUGUGGGCUUGGAUCUCUGGUGGAGGAUGUGACGUAGAUGCAUCUUCUCAAAUCAGCUGGCUCAGUCCUACAGGUCCUCUCAGCAGCUCCUUGUCACUGACUCCAGUUCAGUCAGCAGCCUGGAGCAAACAGCCUCAAGAGCAGGAACGCAGACAGGAGAUCAGCAAGAAACCUGUGGAGAGAAGCAACUCGGUGUGGGUGCGUAAAGGCACGCUACGGUGGUGGAGAGACUGGAAACCCCAGCGCUGGGUGGACGUGGGCGUUGCUCUGGAGCAGUCCACCAAGUCUGACGGCAGGAAGGACAGCAUCUUCUUUGUGUAUUACACACAAUACGAUGAGAAGAAGUACCUCCACAUGUUCAUCAGUGAGGUAACAGUGCUGGUGCCGGUUCAGCGGGACUGCCACUACACGUUCGCAGUGUACACGGCUGAGAGGACCAGACAGAGAUGGCCUCUGGUUUUAGCAGCAGCAACGGAGAAGGACAUGAGCGACUGGCUGAGCCUGUUGUGUGACUGUUGCUGUGAGUGCCGAGGCAUCAGCGACGCCCCGUCCAAACAGGCCCUAUGGUCCACCACUUCAAAGGGAGACAUCCUGGUCCACGAGCCAUCCGUGUCUCUGGAGACUCCUGCACACACUCUGACCUGUGACCUCAUGUUCUGGCGCCAGGUCCCUGGCCACCUGCGCCGUGUAGAGUCUAACAGUCUGGGGCUGGUGUGGGGCGUCGGGUGGGACGGCACCGCCUGGGUCUACAGCGGGAACUUUGGGCGAGAGCCCAGUGCGGACGGCCCACAGCUGCAGCAGCAGACAGAUGUCAGGAGUAUCCACGUAUACGAGAAUCAGAGAUGGAACCCCAUGACCGGAUAUACCGACAAAGGGCUCCCCACUGACCGUCCCAUGUGGAGUGAUGAGAGCGGGUUGAAGGAGUGCACCAAAGGCAACACACACCCACCCUCCCCUCAGUGGUCCUGGGUGUCAGAGUGGACCGUGGAUUACAACGUUCCCGGAGGCACGGACACAGAAGGCUGGCAGUAUGCCGCAGACUUUCCCACGACGUUUCACGGACACAAAACGAUGAAGGACUUCGUUAGGCGCAGGAGAUGGGCCAGGAAGUGUAGGGUAGCGGUGAGAGGACCGUGGACCGUGGUGCAGCCCAUCCGUCUGAGUGACGUCUCCCUGAUGCCGUGUCUGGCUCAGAGCAGGAUGGAUCAGGUCCCCGUCUGGGCCCUCAGUGAUAAGGGAGACGUCUUGUGCCGGUUGGGAGUUACUCCACAAAAUCCAGCGGGCAGCUCCUGGCUGCACGUGGGCACAGAUCAGCCCUUCAAGUCCAUCUCCAUAGGAGGAGCCAAUCAGGUGUGGGCCAUCGCCAAGGAUGGAGCCGUGUUCUACAGGGGAUCAGUGUCUCCACAGAACCCCGCAGGAGAAUGUUGGUACCACAUCCCCUCUCCUCCGAGACAGACCCUCAGACAGCUCUCUGUAGGGAGGACGUCUGUCUUCGCUGUAGAUGAGAACAGUAACCUGUGGUUCAGACAGGGCCUCACACCCAGCUAUCCUCAAGGCUCCAGCUGGGAGCUCAUCUCCAACAACACCACCAAGGUCUCUGUUGGACCGCUGGACCAGGUCUGGAUCAUCGCAGACAGUGUUCCUGGUUUUCCUACGGAGAUCCCUGGAGUGGUUUGUCACAGACUGGGAGUUGGACCAAUGCAACCUAAAGGCCUGUCCUGGGACUACGGGAUAGGGGGAGGAUGGGAGAACAUCAGCGUAAGGGGGAACUCAGCCGAGCCUCCGCGGGGCCCCCACCCCCUUCCUCCUGCUGGCCCCUCACGCAGCCCGGCCCCCCAAGUCAACGGGAGUGCUGUGUGCGUGUAAACCCCCCCCCUGUUUGUGCCUGGAUCUUAGACAGCUCCCUCAUCUCCUUCCCGUAAAGGGACCGCACAAUCCCACAGCUGACAUUAACCUGUGUUCUGAUCCGACCCGGUCCAUGGAUGAUUGUUACAACUCGGCUCGUUGCACAAGCAGGAAUUAUUUCAGCAUUUGAAGACAAAGAAGUGAACAAAAGGGUUGUUCUUUGGGACAAGUAUUGCAAAGACACAGGAGUGUGCAUGUGUUUGAUGUUUUUGGCUGCUGGUGAUCUCAGAAGAAGCAAUAGCUUUUAUGCAUUUUUAAACGAAGGGCUAAAGUCUGGUCCUAAACGUGAAAGACACACUCUCUGUAGCCUAACAUGGAUUAUUUUAUAAGGUUUUGUUUGAUCCAUUUGUCUAAAGUUUGUUUUCAGUGAGUCAUGUAUUCGUUCUGCAUUUGCUGAAGUUUGUUCUGAUUUUAUUUUCUUCUCUCUGUUGUUUGUGAUGGAGUGUAUUAGGCCACAUGACCAAAACAAUACCUUUAUGAAAACCUUUUAACAAAAGAAAUGUCUGAAAUCUUCACACACCACCAUCAGAUCAGGCCUCUACCCUACUGUAAUAAAUUACUCGUUGGUAUUGCUCUCAAACUCUUACGACAGGGACUGUUGUUGCCGCAGCAACGCCUGAGUGGCUCCACAAAAGGAUGCACAUUCAGGCUAAAAAGGCUAUGAAAUGUGGAAAAAAAGGCAAGAAAGGAAAUAAAGCUUCCAAUGUCAAUAAAUGACUCCAACACUG